AUGGAUUUGGCGGAUAAGUUGAUGAAUGUCAUCGUAGUCACCGUAUCCCUUCUUGCACCCUUCUUCCUUCAUCAAUAUCGUUCUCUCAAGGCCUUCAUCUCCACCGCAAGAACCUUAUUCAAGGAAAACGUAACCGGAGAAGUUGUACUCAUCACCGGAGCAUCUUCAGGCAUUGGCGAGCAUUUGGCAUACGAGUAUGCUAGGAGAGGAGCUCGAUUAGCCCUCGUUGCGAGGAGAAAGCAUCGUCUCCAAGAAGUAAAUGAAAUUUGUGACAUCAUUGGUUCCCCUGAAACUGUUUACAUCCUUGGAGAUGUCUCUAACAUUGAAGACUGUAAGCGGUUUGUUGAUGCCACUGUAGAUCAUUUUGGACAAUUGGAUCAUUUGGUCACCAAUGCUGGGGUUGCACCGGUCUGCUUGUUUGAGGACUAUGAAGAUAUCACUAAAGCUUUACCAGCUAUGGACAUAAACUUCUGGGGUUCAGCAUACAGCACUUAUUUUGCUCUGCAACAUCUGAGGAAGAGCAAAGGGAAGAUCAUAGUGAUAUCAUCAUGUUCCAGUUGGGUAUUCGCACCGAGAACCGGCUUCUAUAGUGCAAGUAAAGCAGCACUGAUUAGCUUUUACGAGGCAAUGAGGAUUGAAUUAGGUACCCAAAUCGGGAUCACAAUCGUGACUCCUGGAUUCAUAGACACAGAGAUGACCGAAGGCAAAUGCUUAUCGAAGGAAGGCACAUUGGAAGUCGACCGAGAAAUGAGAGACGUUCAAGUGAAUGUGAUGCCUGUAGAGACGGCAGAGAGGUGCGCCAAGGCGAUAGUUGAAAGCGCAUGCCGUGGGGACAAGUACUUGACGGUUCCAUCAUGGAUGCACACCACAGUACUGUGGAGGGUGUUUUUUCCGGAGAUGAUGGAUUGGUGGAACGGGGUCAUGUUAAUGGCAGGAGCCGGUUCUUCUUCUAGGGAUGCACCUAGCAAGAAGCUACUGCAUGUAGCAACUGGAAUCAAACAACUCUUCUCGCUUGAGGCUUUCUUAACCCCAUCAAAAUGA